AUGUCUGGAAUCGAUCAUCGAGCAGGCAGCGGCUCGUUGUCGAGCUCACCAUCGGCACGUACACCGCGGCUGGCUUUCCCAGUAGCCCGCUCUAGGCCUACAUCUAUUGUUGACUCAGUCGAAGCGACCAGCGAAGCUAUCCUCUCUACUUCGCCCGCCUCUUCUACCACCUCGGCGGGCGCUUCGCCGCGCAAGCACACGCAAUCAGCCGCAGAUCGACUCGCAUCUGCACAGGCAAAGGAUGCUGCUGCUGCGGCCAAAUCGCAUCGAGCACGCACCACGUCCAGCACAUCACGUUCUAGCACCGAGGGAGGUCGAGCUAAGCUCCCAUCACUGCUGCAGGCCACCACUAGCUCCAGAUCGGCAGCAACGCCGGUGACCAGCACCUAUCUCGACAUCUCUUCGAGUGCACCAGGAGAAGAAAGUGCGUCAAAACCAAGCAACGCCUCGAAGCACGCCACUGAUACGCAUGUAGUCGCUCUCGACGGUCAAUCAAUGUCGAAACGUGCUUCGCGUGAUCCGCCUUCCAUCAUCAGUGCCAAAGUAGCUGGUUCGAGCAUGCCCAAGAAGGUGUCCGCGGCGCCUAAAUCAACUCCGAACGCACCUCCACUGGUGGCGCUGCUCUCCGACUCGAACCUGUCUGUGCUCAUCAAACAGGGCGCUGAGGCCAAAGUCUACAUCUCGCGCAUCGCUACCAACAACAUUCUCACAUGGCCCCGACCACGCUCUUCCAAGCUAGAAUCGAGCAAGGUGGAGCCUCCUGCUCCUGUGCUGCUCAAGUGGCGCUUUCCAAAAACGUACCGACAUCCGACGCUGUCGAGCAACAUUACCGCAUCGCGCACCAUCAUGGAGGCUAGGGCACUGCUGCGUUGCGCCAAGGCCGGUGUAGCAGUGCCUGCCGUUCGAUGUGUGGAUGAGAAGGAAGGUAUCUUAGGUCUCGAGCUCAUCCCGGGCAAAAGUGUCCGAGAGUGGCUCGGUGGCGGUGCCGAAGGCGACGAUGAGGCUUUGGUGGAUGAGGCUGAUACAGCGAGAACUCAAGAGGAGGAGGUGCUUUCCGAGAUUGAUCAAGCCAAAUUGAUGAGGUUGAUAGGUAAACAGUUGGCCAUUAUGCACGAAGCCGACAUCAUUCACGGUGACCUUACGACGUCGAAUAUGAUGCUGCGCCCGGCAGCGCCUUGCUCGUCCACGUCGGGCUCAGCAACGGUCGAUCUGGAUCAUGACGAGGUGGUUCUCAUUGAUUUCGGUCUGUCUUCGGUCUCGACAUUCGCCGAAGACAAGGCAGUAGACCUGUACGUGCUCGAGAGGGCAUUUGCUUCGACCCACCCUGCAUCCGAAGCGCUCUACCGCACCAUCCUCGAUAGCUAUGCGGAAGAGGUUACCGCUCGAUCCGCUGGCAAGGGCCGAGGGAAGGGUUCCAAACUGAACAAAUGGGAAGAGACGCGACGCAAGCUCGAAGAAGUGCGAAUGCGAGGUCGAAAAAGAUCCAUGGUGGGAGCCGCACUAUGGAGAGAUAAUUGGACCCGACGUGUGGUGGUGAAUGUCGAACUAUCGAUUCGGCUCGAGUGUCACGGUGUUUCUGCUGCUUUGCGCUCGUUGCCGGGCCUAGCAGGGGCCGUGCUGCGACUGCGACGCUCGGGCAGUCUUGGUUCGCUCAGCUCGGCACCUCGCGAGCGCGACCAGAAUGCGCAAGACUGGCAUGCACUUGCGUCGAGGAUGGACACGGAACUGGAUCAUAUCGGAGCAGCUCGGCUGUUGCGCUCGCACACGCCGCACGAGAGUUGUCUCAGGACGUCACCCACGCAAGCUCGGCCAAUCUGGAGCGUGACUCUGGUGCCGCUGAGAUCGACGGCCAUAUUCACAGGUGUGCCGCUGAUCGCGUCCAUCGAGAGGCUCUUUGAUUGGGGCUUGACAAAGACGCUCCAGACCAUGCAUGCUGUAGUGCCCCAAGCUUUAUCGCCCUCGCAUGCGAUGCGCUCGCGACGAGCGCGCAAGAGUAAGACGCUUUGA